CCUCCCUCAUAAAUAACAACACUCACCAUUCCUCCUAUACAUAAUACAAUCUCUCUCUCUCUCUCUCUCUCUCUCUCAACAAGAUUUAAAGGAUUUGUUUCUUUUAAAAAGACCUCAUUUUGAAUAAAUACAUACACUGUACAUCUUUUACACUCUUUUGAAGACCCUUUGCAAAAGAGGAGGUAAUGGGGGUGAAGAUGAUGAGGUGGAGGCCGUGGCCCCCACUCGUGUCCAAGAAAUUCGAGGUCAAGCUAGUGGUCAACGGUCUUCAGGGGUGGUGCUUCACCGGCGGGGAUCUGCUGCAUGCGGGUGCACAGAAAGAAUGCUAUCCAAAAGUUGCUGUGGAAAUCAAAUGGAAGGGACCCAAGGUUGCUCUCAGCUCGUUGAGGCGAACUGUGAAGAGGAAUAUUACAAAGGAAGAGGCUGUCGGCUCAAACGGCGUCGUUCGGUGGGACCAACAAGUGUUUUGUAAUGUUUGCACUCUUUCAGGCAUUAAGGAUACUGUGUUUCAUCCUUGGGAAAUCUCUUUCACUCUCCUCAAUGGAUCAAAUUUAGGACCAAAGAACAAAGUUCUGACUAUUGGAACGGCCAUUUUGAACCUUGCUGAAUUUGCCUAUGCAGCUGAUGGAGAAGCAUGUGAGCUUAGUAUACCUGUAGUAGUUUCUGGAACUGCAGUUGAGCCUCGUCCCUCACUUUGUAUAUCACUCACCUUAGUGGAGUUAAGAAUUGCUCAAGAAUCAGUACAUCCAGUUUUAAAGCCAAGAGUGUCCAUUGCUUCUCCAUUUCAUGCAGGAGGUCAUUCUUCUGCAGAAAAAGACGAGCUUUCUGCACUUAAAGCUGGUCUCAGAAAGGUAAGGAUCUUUACUGAUUAUGUUUCAACAAGGAGAGCUAAAAAAGUCUGCCUUGAGGAAGAGGGCAGUGAUGGCAGGUACUCCUCCAGGAGUGAGGAAGGUGAUUAUACCUAUCCGUUUGAUUCUGAAUCUCUUGAUGAAUUAGAGGAAGGGGAAUUAGACGAGGUCAAGGAAGAUCCUACUGUGAGAAAAUCAUUUAGUUAUGGCACACUGGCUUCUGCAAAUCAUGCGGGGUCAGUUUAUUCUAAUGUGAAGAGCAACACAGAGGACGAGGAUUGGGUUUACUACAGCAACCGGAAAACAGAUGCUGGUUGCUCAAAAGUAGAGGACAAACAUACAUCUCUCCCUGAACAAUCUGUGUGUGUAAAUUCAAAGCGCAGUUUGCUGCCUUGGAAAAAGAGGAAGAUGAGCUUUAGAUCUCCCAAAGCCAAGGGCGAGCCGCUUUUGAAGAAAGGUAAUGGAGAAGAAGGUGGAGACGACAUUGACUUUGAUCGUCGACAACUCAGCUCUGAUGAAUCUCUGUCUUUCUGGUGGCAGAAGACUGAUGGGGAAUCCUGUGCGAAUCGCUCGUCCGUAUCUGAGUUCGGAGAUGACACUUUUGCUGUUGGUAAUUGGGAACAAAAGGAAAUAUUGAGCCGUGAUGGACACAUGAAGCUUCAAACACAGGUCUUCUUUGCUUCCAUUGAUCAAAGGAGUGAGCGGGCAGCAGGCGAGAGCGCCUGUACCGUACUAGUUGCUGUGAUCGCUGAUUGGUUACAUAACAACCACAAUCUCAUGCCUAUCAAGUCCCAGUUUGAUAGUUUGAUUAGAGAAGGCUCAUUGGAGUGGAGGAAUCUAUGUGAGAAUGAAGAAUACAUGGAGAGAUUUCCGGACAAGCACUUUGAUUUGGAUACUGUCCUCCAAGCUAAUAUACGAUGUCUUUCAGUUGUUCCCAGGAAGUCAUUUAUUGGUUUUUUCCAUCCUGAUGGAAUGCAAGAAGAGCGAUUUGAUUUUUUGCAUGGUGCUAUGACCUUUGACAGCAUAUGGGAUGAGAUUAGCCAUGCAGAAUCAAAAUGUUUAAGCUCUGGGAAACCCAUGAUAUAUAUAAUUAGUUGGAAUGACCAUUUCUUUGUCCUAAAAGUUGAAGCGGAAGCUUACUAUAUCAUCGACACAUUAGGGGAGAGGCUGUACGAGGGGUGUAACCAAGCUUAUAUUCUGAAAUUCGACAGGAAUACAACAAUUUACAAGCUUCCCGAGGGCACUGCUCAAUCACUAGAACUGAGUUUAUCAGGUGACCAGCAGCAAAUAGUUGCUCCAGAACUAGGAAACAAGAAUCAACAGGUUGAUGCCAAGGAUAACUCUGCAGAGAAGGCAGUAGAAAAAGAACCCGAUGAAAUAGUGAAUAAUGAUCAAGAAGAGGUUGUUUGCGCGGGGAAGGAGUCUUGCAAGGAGUACAUAAAGAAUUUCUUAGCUGCAAUUCCCAUCAGAGAAUUACAGGCAGAUAUGAAGAAAGGUUUAAUAGCAUCAAUUCCGCUUCAUCACCGUCUACAGAUAGAAAUUCAUUUCACACAAUCACAGACAUCACCAGAGCCUGAAAACUCAGAUUCAGAAAUUGUAAUGUCCAGUUUACCUGCACCUGCAGCUUACUUACCAGAGGCUGGUGUUGCUGCAUAAAGACUUUUUAUGAAUUAUAGGGAAGUAUGAUUAGGCUAACAUGUUUUUUCUGUUGUAUAUCAUGGUUACAUCUCCAGGCCUAAUGGGUGGGUCUGAUUAUGGGAAACCAGUUGCCAUUUUUGUUAUUUUUGUGUUUCUAAUCUCAACUCAUUUUUGUUA